AUGGACGAAGCACUGCCCAACCCACCAGCACAGCUCAAGGCGCUCCUGCCAUUCGUGCAGAGGGCAAACGAGCUGCGCACCGCCGACAAGGUCAUCGCGUACUGGUGCUGCUACUACGCCGCGCAGCUCGGCAUUUCUGGCAAUCCCAGCGACAAGGAAGCCAAGAUGUAUCUGCUCACGCUCAUGGAUACGCUCGAGGACCUCAAGUCCAAGCUGUCCGACAACGACGCCGUGACCAACGACGCAGCCAGCUCGGCGUAUGUUGAGAACUUUGCGCUCAAGGUGUUUGUGGGCGCCGACAACCAGGACCGCGCCGGGAAGGCGACCCGAGCCACCGCCAAGACGUUCCUCGCAGCAAGCCAGUUCAUCGAGCUGCUCAAGAUCUUUGGUACGAUCGAGCCCGAGAUGCAGGAGAAGAUCAAAUACGCCAAGUGGAAGGCGGCCGACAUCGCCAAGGCAUUCAAGGAGGGCAGGAAGCCCACACCAGGCCCCGCGGGCGGAGAUCCUAAGCUCGAGGCAGCUAUGGGACCCGAGGCGGUCACCAAGGACGAGCAGGAGUACCUCGCGCGAGAGAUGGCCAAGCUGACCACGGGUGCGUCGGACGAAGCUGUCGCCGGCGCCGGCGCUGGGGGCCCCGAUGUUGCUGAUCCUGGCAAAGAAGCUCCGGCAGCACCGAGUACGAGCGUUGUUCCUUCCAUCGCAGCGCCGAGCGCUCCCAGCCUAUCCCGGGGCAGCAGCUCCGGCGGUCAGAAUGUGGUUGCGGCCGCAAGCGUGGCGAGUCACGGACUCGGGAGUGCCUCGCCGGAUGCCGAGGAGAUGUGGAAGAGGAGGAGCAGCGAGCAGUCGGGUGGAGCCAUGUCGCGGAGCUCGUCUACGCACCAGCUGGACUCGAAUCGCCCGCAACUGCCGGCCUCGGCCAGCUUUGUGGCUGGACAGGGCUCGAGUCCUGGCUCUCGCCCGCUGCCAGUGCCGCCGCAGCGAGAUGGUCUGCCGAUCCCUCCUGUGAGCGCGCACCACCAAUUUGGGGGCAGCCCAGGGGCAGAUCAGGGCAUCGGACCCGGAGGGCCUGGUGCGGCACCGCCUCCGUUUUGGGGUGCCUCGGCGCCGCUGUCGAGCAGUCCGCAUCUGUCGGACGCAGACGAGUCGGUGCUGCCAUCAGUGCCAUCGGAUCAUCCUCCAUCGUUGAGCAGGCUCGAUAGCCAUCCCGCCAUCGAGCGUAUCGAUCCGCCACGUUCGCCCUCGCAUGCUCAGCUGCCGUCGUCGCCAGGGCAGGGAUCAAUGUUGCCCCACGAGAUGACGGGAUCUCAUUUGGCGUCUGCGCCGCCGAGUGCACCUUCUUUUAUCACGGCGCCGAACGUGCAUGCCAAGGCACAGGCACAGGUGGCGCCACCGUUGGCGGUGCCGAUUGCGCCUACGAUUGCGCCGACAGUGUUUCCGGAAAGCUUGGAUUCCAGACUCUCGACGCGCGUACAGAAGCUCGCCAAGGGCGCGGCGAGUGCGGUCGACUUUGAGGAUCUUGAGACCGCACGGCUGCAGCUGCGACAGGCACUUGACAUUCUCGAAGGUCGAGUCACACGCUAA